GGACCCCGGCUCCCGCCACCCGCGGCAUGAACCUCAGCAGCACGAGCAGCGCGGCCGGCCGAGAGAGGGCCCAGGGCCAUGCUCUGGGGCUGUGAGCUAAACCAGGAGAAGCGGACUUGCACGGUCAAAGCCCAGAAGGAGGGGAAGCAGGACUGUAAGCUGCUGCUCAGUACGAUAUGCUUGGGGGAGAAAGCCAAAGAAGAGAUGAACCUCGUGGAAAUCCUGCCGCCAGCCUGCCAGGAAGACAAGAAGACCAAGCCCAUCACCAUUGCCUCGCUUCAGGCCUCCGUGCUACCCAUGGUCGUCCUCAUGGGAUUGGAGCUUUCUCCUCCAGUCACUUUCCAGCUGCGGGCUGGCUCUGGGCCUGUGUUCCUCAGUGGCCAGGAACGUUACAACCUACCCUGGGAAGAAGAGGAGGAGGAGGAGGAAGAGGAAGGUGACAGUGAGGAGGUUGAUGACGACGACGAUGAUGAUGAUGCAGAUGUGUCCCUAGAGGAGGACACCCCUGUUAAACAAGUCAAGAGGCCGGCGUCCCAGAAGCAGACAAGCGUUGCCAAGAUCCAGUCGUAAAGACAAGAGUCCUGUGAAAAAGGCCAAACCCACAUUCAAACCUAAAAAACCUGGAUCCAAGAAAUGAGGGGCCAGGAGGGUCCUGGCUGCAGUGACCGAGGGAGAGCCAGCUAGAGCACCAUGCAGGCUGGCCCUCCUUCCUCAGCACGUUCUGCAGGUUCCCCCCGCACCACCACCAGCCUCUCUCCAUCUGAGUCUGCAUGGGAUGGAGCUAUUAGGGGCAACACAAGAGACCCUCAGCCCAACGCAAGUUUCAGCAGGACCCGGAGGGAAACUCCAACCUCAGGGCCACAAUAAAGUUUGCUUUGCCAGGAAAAAAAAAAAAAAAGAAGAAGAAAGGAAAAGAGAACUACUAAAACAACUAUAAGACAAGUUACAAAAUGGCAGUAACUACAUACCUAUCAAUAAUUAGUUAGAAUGUAGAUGGAGUAAAUGCUUCAAUCAAAAGACAUA